CAGAGGGUUUCCCUGAAGUUACACCCUUGCUGAUUGGGAAGAAAGACUGAGUGUUGAAACAUUAUACUCAUCGUGGCACCAUUCCAGUGCUUCUUCCUGCUUCGUUAAGGUAGAGAGACUGACAGUAUAUGCCAGGAAGUAAGACAAUGCAGCAAAGCUGGGAAAGUAAGGAACGUUAUCUUGAGCUCUCUUAUGGAGUAGUGAGACCUGAGAUGCGAUAAACUGUCUUAUCAGUAUGGGAGGCCAAUGUGCAUGGCGUAAGAGAGGACGCGACAAGCCCAGUUCUUCGCAGAGCAUCACUUAUGCAUCCCAAGACGCUGGAAUCCCUGUGUGUGGACGAGCUGGUGGCUGCCACCGUUCGGUACCAACGCUCCGUUAAAAGCGCCGAGAGGAUAUGGGCAGCUGUCAGCCAGGUGUGGGAACUCCUCUGGCCGCUGGGGAGUGGUCUGGCAUAUCGUGCCACCUCGCUGCUUCACUCCCAUCUCCUCUGUCAGUCGCUACUGAAUCACACAUCUCAACGCGCAGGACAGUUUCAAGUAUAUGACGCUACAUCAGCCCUGGUGACACUACUGGCUACCAAAACUCACACACUGUCAUUUGUGCCAACUGAACCUCAGCUGUCUGCACUGAACCCCGCACUAGCAGUACUCGUAUGCAGCGAGGAUCUGCCCCUACAGGAGCUUGUCUUGACAGGUAUCGAUAUGGGAUCAGAGUUUGACUUUCUUUCUAGCCUGCUACUUUGCUGCAAAAAACUCUCAGUCCUCAAGCUGGGUGGCAACUGUUCAGCGGGUGUACUGCUGGCGGCUCGUGACUGUCCCUUGACUGUACUACACCUGAGUGAGCGCCAGGCCUGGCAGCCCAGAAUACAGGAGAACAGUUUGGCUAAGAUGCUCAUUGGAUGUGAUGGAACCUUGAAGCAAGAGUUAGAGGCCAUAUGUGAGGGGAAACAACCCAGCUUCAAAUCCUUCUGGCCUGAUCUUAUAGAUGUGUGCACUGGCUGGUGUAAGGUAUCAUUUGAGUUCCUCCUCCUUGUUCUCGUUGCAUUUCCCAGGCUGCAGCAACUUCAUAGUCAGCUUAUUGACAUCUCGGUCAUUGUGAAACGGUACGCAGAUCUAGCUCAGCAGGUUCCUGGCCUGCACAAUCUUUGUCUUAAAACUAACACUGUCAUCUACUUAUACUUUUCCCAAAUGCACCGUUAUUUUCCGAACGCUACGACACUUCGCAUCUUCAAUAUCACCGAUGUUGAGAAACUUUUGUGGGAGUUGCUUGAAGCAUCUAAAGAUCUGCCACACGUGCAUGCAUUGACACUGGUCCUAGCUCCAGGUCCCAUUCCGCAACACAGCAAGUUUCCUCUUAGAGAGCAGUUUAUUCCCUUCGGGCGGCGCAUCACGGAACUGCAUAUAGAGGAACAUCAUGGCGGUGGGUGGAUCUUGGCAAUGCUGAGUCUAUUUCCAAGUUUGCAACAUUUACGCCUUCCUGGGAGCGCCCUGCACUUUCCUGAAGAGACGCGUCCUGUUGCUGUUUUCCCGUCCGUUUCCAAACUGGAGUGCAUUUACAGCUACUCAUCUCGGCUUCUACCAUUUUUGGCACUGAUCUUCCCCAACUUGGAGUCAUUGACUCUGAAGAGCCAAUCCUCCCAUCUCACAUUGGCACUACCCUGGGAGCAACUGUGUGCAAUGGUGCGGCUAAGGGACGUGAGACUGAUAGGGAAGCUCGUUGAUAACAUCUCUGGUUUGUGCUGCGUCCCAAGAAAUUCAUCUGACGGCAGCCACUGGUCGUUAAGUGUUCCUCCACGCAGCAUGGCCUCUGGCGAUUUGGCGCGGCUUAGAUGGGCUGGCUGGACUUGCUUUUAUAUCAAUGACUACCGAUGACCCUCAUCUCAGGAUUGAAGAUCACAAGGACAGUGAAGUCUGUGUCAAAUUUAUUGUCGAGUAGACAAUUUAUAAUAUUUUUUCUUGUUUGUGAGAUAUAUUAAGUAUUUGCCCAUGUCAGGAGAUUAUCGAUUGUGGACAGUUUUCUCCUUCAGUCAGCAUUGCAGUGCAGCCUCUCGUAUCUGUUAACACCCACACAAAAUACUCAAAGUGAUAAAAGAAACUACAAUGCAGAUUACACUGAAAAAAAAAAAAAUCAUUUGGUUUGUUAAAGAAUCGGUUUGUCUGAAAACACUGCUCCGUGCAGAGCUGCGAACACUAGAGAGCUUGCGCUUGCUUCAUAAUAUUGCGACUGAUUGGAGAAUGCCUUUGGAGGUGAUAGGAUGUUCACGAUGUUGGUGAAACACUCGAAGCACUUUAUUAUAGUUGCUGAAUCUAAAAACAUACGUAUUAUAUUUCUAUAUACAAGUAGCCCAUGUAAAACCUAAGUUUUUUGGGCAGUAAUGGUUAUAUCUUAUAGCAAAGAUAAUUUCAUAAUACAAAACACAUACACAUAAAAACACAUGCACAUAUACAUUUACAUACAUAUACAUAUUCAUAUAUACUUAUGCAUACAAACAUACACAUGCAUA